GUUUAUUCAGGCGAACCCUAAUCCCGUACUAUAUUUUCAUCUUUUUGUGUUUUAUGUAACUGUCUUCUUUCUCUUUGGGUUUAACUGUAAAUUUUUAGGCCUUGAGAGAGAAAUGGGAGCGGACAAGGGGAAGAAGCCAAAACUGGGAGGAGCGGACAAUGAGAACAAUGGAACCGAGCAGAUUGACGCGGAGCUCGUUCUCUCAAUCGAAAAGCUUCAGGAAUUUCAGGACGAGCUUGAUAAGGUCAAUGAAGAAGCAAGUGAAAAGGUCCUGGAACUUGAACAGAAGUACAAUGAAAUACGGAAGCCUGUCUAUGAUAAGCGAAAUGACAUCAUUAAAUCCAUUCCUGAUUUUUGGUUGACUGCUUUUAUGAGUCAUCCUGCACUCAGUGAACUUUUGACUGAUGAGGACCAAAAGAUAUUCAAGUAUUUGAGUAAGCUUGAAGUUGAGGAUUGCAAAGAUGUGAAAUCUGGUUACUCCAUUACGUUUCACUUCGAGUCCAAUCCUUACUUUGAAGAUGCUAUUCUCACAAAGACCUUUACAUUCUUUGAGGAAGGAACAACCGAAAUCUCAGCAACAGCAAUAACAUGGAAAGAAGGCAUGGGCAUUCCUAUUGGUGUUGCUGCUGAAGAGAAGAAAGGAAACAAGCGGCCUAAAGCUGAUGAGAGCUUCUUUUCCUGGUUCAACAACAUCCAGCAUAGUAGUAAUUUGGAAGAGAUACAUGAUGAGCAGGUUGCUGAAAUUAUCAAGGAUGAUCUAUGGCCCAAUCCCCUUAGAUAUUUUAACAACGAGGCAGCUGAUGAAGAGGGAUCUGAAAUGGAUGAUGAUGAGGACAAGGACGGUGAUGGCUCUGAAGAUGAUGAUGAUGAUGAUGACCAAGAUGAUGACGAAAAUGAAGAUUAAAAAAGAUAGGCAACUCCAGAAAGUUCAGUUUACUGGUUUCCAUCAACUAUCGAGCUUCUGUAAAUUCGUUUAUAGGUUUCUGCAGGUUUUAAACCCGAUUGUCUCUGCUUGAAUUCGUGUGUCGGGUAUUCACACUUCUAACUUGUGCUAUCUACUGAUAUAACUCGUCUCCAUGCCAUGAGUUCAUCCUCUUAUCUAGUGAUGAGAUGAAUUAUAUUUUUCUCCCAAUAUAUCCAAUUUUUGAGGUUUUA